AGUCAAGGAAAAAAACCUCUAGACGGCAGCGUUUUGGAGCUGAGGAACGUGGACAAAAACCCUUGUGACAUUGGUGAAGCAGAGAAAGGGAACAGAGCUCGCAAGAAUUUGUUGCUACUUCUGAAGUCUGUUCUGCGUAGAUUGCUAUUUCUCCGUGUGUAGUUUUUGUUUCAGUAAUUGGCAAAUCGAGAGGCACGAUUCGUGUUUCAUUGCUCCACUCAGUCACAUCAUAUUUCUCAGAAGUCAUUUUGUCCUCCCCUUUUUAGGUUCAUAUGGCUUUGCGAGGGGUUUGGCAACUUCACAAGCUGAUUGUUAGUUACUGCGACUGGGGAGGAAGUAGCAGAGGUAUAAGGGCAUUUAUGGAGUCUCAGUUGCCAGUGUUUAAGGAGAAGAAUCCUCAAUUAGAGGUGGUCACUGAGCUCAUCCGUGGCCAGCAUCCUCAUCUGAAGGGUUUUUACAAGAACAAAAACCAGCGAGUGAUAUGUGUGAAGAAUAUGGAUCCAGAAGACAUAUUUUUGCAUGCAUCUAGACUAAGGAACGCAUUGGGCAGAAAGGUAGUGAAAUUGAGGACAAGACAUGUAACCAAACACCCUAGUGUGCAAGGUACGUGGACAACUGCCGUGAAAUAUUAAGGUCCAGGUAUAUGAGAAAGUUACCCUUGGUGUAUUUGACAAGAUUUUCCUUCUCUUCCGGUGAUUUAAUCAGUUUGUGAACUGGUGAGAGUAAGUUCUUAUCUUAUCUGGCGCCAUUUCUAGUCAAUAGUUCAUAUACCUUUUUUGUGGUUAUGUUGUUUGCUUCACCGUGCUGAGACUAACGAGAUAGAAAGUGUUUUUCUGUUCCCUAUAAAGCUCUGCUAUGUUUUAGUAGAGGGAAUGUUGCAAUCGGCUAUUAGGCCAAAUGAAGAAAUGUUUACAUUUUAAAAGGACCACUUUUGGAUUCAAGAUUUUCACGUUAGCAGCAGUGAGGAACUAUAAAAAUAAGUGGUAAAUAAAUAAAUCUUCUAGUA